UUUUGAUCGAUUCGACCUCGCAAAAGCAAACCUAUCCACACUCUGAUCACCUUCUACACCUACUCGUAUCAUCACAAGAUCCAUCCACCUGCAACCGACCAGCCAACCUUACGAGAACAGAGACGAUACACGAUGGGUUCCCCGAUGGAGAUGAACGGAGGGAGCGUGAUCGCCAUGACAGGGAAAGAUUGCGUGGCCAUCGCUUCGGAUCUGAGGUUGGGGCAGCAGGCGGUCGGGUUGAGUGCGGAUUUCGAGAAGGUCUUCCCCAUCAACAACCAACUCUACGUCGGUCUUCCCGGGUUCGCCACCGAUACCUAUACCCUACGUGAACACCUCCGGUUCCGGGUCAACAUGUACAGGAUGAAGGAGGAGAGGGAGAUUACGCCCAAGACGUUUGCGCACCUGUUGAGCAGCACGUUGUACGAGAAGAGGUUCGGCCCGUACUUUAUCGAACCGGUCAUCGCUGGUAUUCCGGCACCGUCGGCCAUCGACCCGGACCCGAAACCUUUCAUCUGCAACAUGGAUACCAUCGGCUGUAUCACCACGCCCAAGGAUUUCGUCGUAGCGGGUACGGCGACGGACAAGCUGUACGGUGUAGCUGAAGGGUUGUGGGAGCCUGAUCUCGAACCGGAAGACCUUUUCGAGACCAUCUCGCAAACUCUGCUCGCCGCCGUCGAUCGGGACUGUAUCUCGGGUUGGGGAGCCGUCGUACAUGUUAUCACCAAGGACAAGAUCAUCACCCGUCACCUCAAGGGAAGGAUGGACUGAGUGAAGGCCGUGGUCGGGAUUAUGCGAGCUUGGGUGCUUCUUUACGACGAUCGACAAAGAUUCUGUUCUGUGGCAUGUCUGAUGAUGUGUUUGUUUUUAUCUUACGAAUGUCUCGAGCGCGUUGUCGUCUGCACUUGAUAGACCUGAAAGCAGUGAUGGUACUGUUGCGGUGGUCUUGCAGCUUCUGUAUUGCCAGUCCCCGGCCAAGGUCUGGGCAUCAUCGAUCGCUCGAUAUACAACCGCCUAUAUUUGCGUCGAAGUCCCCGGUUUGAUCGACCAAAAGAACGCGCUGGCUCUACCCGCCCGUCUCCUCGGCCACAGCCCACAUGUAAUACACCCCCAACGACCUAUACGGCGCCCAUCUCUGCGUCAAUACCUCC